AUGCGCUGGACGCAAUGGGCAUGCCUGCUGCUGGGCCUGCGGCUGUCCUCUGCCACUCUUGCUGUACGCGAUCACGACCGGCAUGACUACUUCGUCCUCCAAUUAGAGCAGGGUCAUUCUCCAGAAGUAGUCGCACAAAGGCUCGGGGCCACGUAUGUUGGCCGUACGGGUGAACUCGAUGGCCACUAUACAUUCUCCAGUCCGAAGGGGUCAAGUGAGGAUGUUGACAUAACAUUGACGGAAUUGCGACGCAGGAGGCGGAAAAGGUCAGAAGAAGGCAUCAUCGAUGGCCCACUCAGGAAGCGUACAAUGGGCCUAGAGGGCGUAGUUUGGUCGCAGAAACAAGAGCUCAGGCAAAGAUUGGUGAAAAGACCUCCACCACCUGUGGGGCUACAGUCCCGUCAGAAGUCUGCAGAGCAGCAGACUCAAGACAAGAGCGUUGAACAACAAGAAGCUAUACAAAGGCUAGACCAGAUUGCUACUCAGUUGGACAUCGGGGAUCCAAUAUUCAAGGAGCAGUGGCAUCUUUUCAAUCCUAUACAACUCGGUCACGACAUGAACGUUUCUGGCGUCUGGCUGCAGGGCAUAACCGGACAGGGAGUGAUCUCUGCUGUCAUCGAUGAUGGGCUUGACAUGUACAGUGAUGAUCUCAAGGCCAACUACUAUGCAAAUGGUUCCUGGGAUUUCAAUGACCCGGGGCCAGAACCUCGACCUAGAUUGUUCGAUGACAAACAUGGGACAAGGUGUGCUGGAGAAAUCGCUGCGGUCAAAAACAACAUUUGUGGCGUGGGCAUGGCAUACGAUAGCAAGAUUGCUGGCAUCAGAAUCUUGUCGAAGCCGUUGACCGACGAAGACGAGGCGACCUCGAUCAAUUAUCACUACCAGGAGAACCAAAUUUACUCGUGUUCUUGGGGACCUCCGGAUGACGGAAAGACUAUGGAAGGGCCCAGCGUACUGAUAGAGCGUGCUAUAGUGCAGGGUGUUCAGAAAGGGCGUAAUGGUCUGGGUUCGGUGUUCGUAUUUGCUGCAGGAAACGGUGCCAACUACGAUGACAACUGCAACUUUGACGGCUAUACCAACAGCAUCUACUCCAUUACUGUCGGAGCGAUCGAUCGAGCUGGAGAACAUCCCUACUACUCCGAGUCUUGCUCGGCGCAACUUGUCGUGACGUACAGCUCUGGCCAUAACGAUGCCAUCCACACCACCGAUGUCGGCAAAGACAAGUGCAACACUGGCCAUGGCGGCACGUCAGCUGCGGGUCCGUUGAUGGUUGGUACUGCAGCGCUUGCUCUAAGCGUUCGACCUGAUCUCUCAUGGCGUGAUCUGCAAUGGCUUUGCGUUUUGAGUGCCAUUCCUGUGCACGAAGAAGAUGGGGAUUGGCAAGAUACAGCAAUCGGAAAGAAGUUCAGUCACAUGUACGGCUAUGGCAAGAUCGAUGCUUAUCGAUAUGUAGAGCUGGCAAAGAAUUGGGAAAGCGUCAAGCCUCAAGCGUGGUACGACUCGCCCUGGAUCAGUGUGCAACACCCAGUCCCCGAGGGUGAUCAAGGGCUCGCGGCGUCCUUCGAUGUCACGCAGACUAUGAUCAACAAGGCCAAUCUGGAGCGCAUUGAGCACGUCACGGUCACCAUGAACGUGGAACAUACGCGAAGAGGCGAUCUGAGUGUGGAGUUGAGGAGUCCGGAGGGUGUUGUCAGUCACCUUUCAACGCCUCGUCGCAACGAUGCUGCUCGCGCAGGCUACGUAGACUGGACUUUUAUGUCUGUGGCGCACUGGGGUGAGAAAGGUGUUGGAACUUGGACCAUCAUCGUCAAAGACACCAACCUCAACGAACAUAAUGGGACUUUCAUCGACUGGCGAAUGAAGCUGUGGGGCGAGGCUAUCGAUGCAAACAUCCAAGAACUUCAUCCGAUGCCCGAUGAACACGACGACGAUCACGAAACGGCGAGCGCGAUAGUCACCACCACUAGCAUUAGCGCGAAUCCUGCCUCGCACGCUACUCCACCUCCAGGGAACCCUACAGACCACAUCGAUCGACCAACCAAACCUAAGCCAGGGGCUUCAGACUCUUCGACAAGUCCCGGCAGCCCGACAGGGACCGGCGCACCCGACACGACGACCUCCUCCGCACCCGAUGCCACAAAGAGUGACUCAGACAGCUACCUCCCAUCGUUCUUCCCUACAUUCGGCGUCUCAAAGAAGACGCAGGUCUGGAUCUACGGGUCGAUCGGCCUCAUCAUCGUGUUCUGCGCUGGCCUGGGGGCCUACUUCCUCGUCCAGCGGCGCAAGCGCCUCAAGAAUUCACGCGACUAUGCUUUCGAGAUGGUCGAUACCGUGGAUCCUGAUGAGUCGAAGCAAAGGCUGAGGGGUGGACGAGCCAGAAGAGGCGGCGAGCUGUAUGAUGCGUUUGCGGCGGGAAGUGAUGAUGAUGACGGUGGAGGAUUUUCAGACGAUGAGGAUGAGAGGUACGAGGACACGCCGACGGGGAGUAGUGGGAGUGGUGGAGGGAAUGGAGGCGGGAAUGGCAGAGAGCCUCAUUAA